CCGCGGCAAGAUCGGCAUGGCAUGAGCUUUGUAAUCGGACAAGCUGUGGCGUCUGACUCUCGCCCCUUGGCCAUGUUGGUAUAAAUGCGAUCAUAUAACAGACCUCGGGAAGAAGCAAUACGAUUUGACACGUGUAAAGUUGGCACUAAUUGUUUGUUUCCUGCAAACAUUGAUAACACUUUUCUGUCUCGACGCACAUACCUCAACUUUGAGCACUCACUUCAUAUCCAACACGAUUCAAUAUGGUCAAAACGCAACAAUGGCUUCUCAACGCCCACCCAAGCGGGCUUCCAACCUACAGUGGUUCCAACCCCACCUUCAAGAAAACUGAGACGGAGCUCCCCAGCCUCAAAGCCGACCAGAUCCUCGUAAAAGUCAAAUACUUCUCCAACGACCCAGCUCAGCGAGGAUGGAUCGACAGAUAUGAAGACGAGAGCCGCCUCUAUGUCCCGGCAGUCCACAUCGGUGACGUCAUGCGCUCGUCGGCCAUAGCCGAGGUCGUCGAAUCCCAGUCUGAAAAGUUCAAGAAGGGCGACCUGGUCAGCGGCGUCGUCAGCUGGACAGAACACGCCGUGCUGGACGCAAAUGCCGUACGGCUCUGCAGCCCACUGCCCGGAAACGCCCCCGUGACUCACUACCUCGGCGCCUUCGGCCUCACCGGGCUGACCGCGUACAUAGGCCUACUCGGCGUGGCGGAGGCGACCAAGGACGACAUCGUGAUCGUCUCGGGCGCGGCCGGCGCCACCGGCUCCAUGGUCGUGCAGAUCGCCAAGCGAGUUGUUGGCUGCAAGAAGGUCAUCGGUAUCGCGGGCGGGCAGGAGAAGUGCGACUGGGUGAAGAAACUCGGGGCGGACGAGUGCAUCGACUACAAGGCCGGCGACUUUGAACAGCAGCUCAUCAAGGCCACCAGCGAGUAUGCAAACGUGUACUUUGACAACGUCGGCGGUCAAAUCAUGGACUUCGUUCUCACCCGCAUGGCACGCAACGGAAGGGUGGCCGCUUGCGGUUCCAUCUCGCAGUACAACUCCACGGAGGGUGAUGGCAGUGACAGGCUGAAGAACUGGUUCCAAGUCAUUAGCAUGAGAUUGCGUAUCCAGGGUUUCAUCGUCCUUGACCACCCCGAGAAGAUGCAGGAGGCACUGAAGGUCCUCCCCAAGGCGCUGGAGGAAGGAAAGCUGGACAUCACGGAGGGCGAGCAUGUCGUUGAGGCGAAGUUUGAUGACGUACCGGCGACAUGGCUCAAAUUGUUCGAGGGCGGAAACACUGGAAAGCUGAUUACUAAAUUGAUCUGAUGGCUAUAGUUAGAUACACCUGGGCAACUAGCUAUCGAGGUAC